CGGGAGCAAGUAGUCUUUGCAGUGGUUCUCAGUACAUGUAUGUCAAAGGAUCCAGUUGGCACCCGCUCAGCACAGCGUCGGAUCAGUGACCCUGUCUCUAUGUCGAGCAUAUAAACCUGAUAUAAACCUUCGUUCCCAAUUUAUCUCCCUCUCACUUGUCACAUUUCCCAGAGCUGGUCUCUGUACGUUUGCAUUUUUCAUAUCAGUCAUGGAAAGCAAAAGCCUCCAGGUCUAUCAUACCUCGACUCAUUACAAGGGUUUAGGAGGCUGGAUAUUUCGUACUGUUCUUCUUGCGAUCCUAGCUUCGACGUUGCUAGCAACGACAGGUUAUACAUCCCCCACUCCCCUCAUGCCAGAACAUCCAGGGCUUGGACUCCGUUCCACAACACUCGAUCAUGUCUAUCCAAUUUCAGUUCCGGGUCACAAGUACUACACUUCAUAUCAUCAUAAUGUUCGUACGGCACCGGAUGAAACUACUCCGGAGGACGAGCAACAACGCCAUCCAAAUCAGGUGGUCCAGCCCCGGUACCUUGAUUCAAGGGGAGCUAGUAGUAGUGCAGUAGACAAAGUGAUGGAUCGAGUUGUAAGAAAAUUUUAUAAGGGAUUUUUUUUGGUUGGCUUUGCCUAUGUAGCUCCUAUAAUUGGCGAGGCGUCCCAAAAGUUUGUGCUAAGAGAUAUCGAUAGCUUGAUACUUCCUGGCCUAAACUUGGAGUCAAAGGGCUCGGUUUUCUAUCUCCUACCAAGGCUUGGACUGGAGGGCCAAAACCCUAAUAAUUAUUGGAGUUGUCAGAUAUAUGCAUUGAUUCAAGAAGAUGAGGAAAACCCUCCAAUGUCCUAUGACGAACUUGUGUUGGUACCUUCACCCAGUACUGAUGAUGCCGGAUCACUCUUGCAAUACCGCCCGCCUACACAUCCGAGUUCGAACGACGCCUCGAUCCACUUCUAUGGCCAUCCUAAAAACAAGAAGAUUACCGUGAUAGAAGUUCCAAAGAGAGUGGAGCAAUGGUUAUUAUCUGCACAGUGUUAUAGAACUGCGACCAUUAUUCAAACCAAGGCUGAUUGGGAUGAACUCAUACCGGAAAUAAAAGGAUGGCCAAAAGGCCGUACCAUGUGAUGAUUCUCCCUUAUGUGUAAACUGUAAAGGUUUCUGGAUGUGGAGUAAUACGUGUUGAAUACGAUUUUGAAUGUCUUUGACAACCGGAAUCUGAGGCCUCUGUAUUUGUACCCAGUCAUUUGAGUGUUCU